AUCAAAAUGUAAUAUUUUAGUUUUAAUGAAUCUUAUAUGAGAAUUGGUGUCCAUACUAUUUUACCAAUAUACCUCUAACGAGAAACAAAAAAACUACAACACCUAUCAUUCUAUUAAUUUAAAAAUAAAAAUAAAAAUUACUUAGGAAAAAAGACUUAUCUAGUAAAUUGCAAAGGAUUAUCAUCAUCCGUUCAUCAUUCGACUUCACACGCAUGCAUCUCUAUUAUACAAGGCAAUAGAGUUAGGACAGGAAAAAAUAGAAAAAAGAAAGUAAAUAAAAAAAGAUGUAACUACCUAAUUAAUUAAAAAAACAAAAAAGACACAACAAAAAAAAGAUUAGUGAAAAUUUACAACAGUUAUCUCCCUCACAACUAAUUUGAAAAAAAUUUAAAAAUCCCUGAUUUAGCCGGAUAAAUAGAUUAAUAAAAUUUAAAAUCCCUAAUUUAUUAGCUGUAAUUAGAAAUCUUUGUUAAUAUUCUACCUAUUUUCGCAUGCAUUGCUUGAAUAUAAGACUAGUAUAAUUUUCAGGAAUAGACCCUCCUGCCAAAUAAAAUAAAAUAAAAGAAUAGACCUUGUAUAUUAACACUUGCCGGCUUUGUCAUCCAAGUGAUCAGAGGAUGUUAGAGAAGGAAAUACAUCUAUUCCAGUUAGGCGGGAAAAACUGUUACAAAAUUGCUAUAACAGAAUUCUUUCAUAACAGAAUUCUGUUUAGCUUGUAUUCAGUUGAGCUCAAUCUAUACAUAGAAGAGCUGUAAAUGUAAGAGAGUAUGAUAAUUGCAAUAAUAAUUCUCUCUCUAAAAAGGCGAUGAAGUAGUCGUUAGUUUUCAGUUUUGAGGGUUUUUUUUAAUUGCAUGCUCAACUUUCUUCAAUUUCUCAGAUGAAAAUGGAGAAGAAGGUUCAUUUACAAACAAGUUCAGAUAGAAUCUCCAAUUUGCCAGAAUCUCUUAAACAUCGUAUACUUUCAUUUUUGUCUACUAGAGACGCUGUUCGAACAAUCAUUUUGUCGAACAGUUGGCGGACGGCGUGGGCCAAACGCCCUAGCUUGGAUUUGAGUAGCUUGUCUAUUGGUAGUUCAUUGAGGGAGGAUACAUUGUCUGGUUCUAAUAAGGAUGAUGAUGCCUUGAAAGCGAAGAGAGAGAGGUUUUACGACUUUCUUGAUCGAGCUUUUACUUUUAGGCUGAUCACAAAGCUAGAUAAGUUUAAGCUGUAUGUACCUUGUUUUGGGUUAGAGUUGAAGGAUCGCUUGGACCAUUGGCUUGGUCGCGCUGUUCUAUGCCAAGUCAGGAAUUUGGACUUGGAAAUUGGAGGGGAAGGUCCUCGAUAUAGCGUGGCUAGGAGUGUACUCAAUGCUAGUUCAAUUACUAAACUGAGACUGAAAAAGUGCGAGCUGAAUUUGUCCUCGUUGAGACAUACCCAGUUGCCUCGUUUGCGGGUGCUUGAUCUUACCAAUGUUUAUUUAGAUGAGGUGGUGAUGGGGAGACUACUUGCAAGUUGUCCUAAUCUUGAAGAGUUUACUUGUGGAUACUGUUAUGGGUUGACAAGACUCGAAAUAUCUGGUCUUACAAAAAUUGAGACUGUAUGUGUUAUUCUUGAGUCUAAGGAUCAACUGAAAGCAAUCAAGAUAAAGGCACCAAGCUUGUUGGAGUUCAGUUAUAUGUAUCGUGGUAGUUUUGAUGAGGAGUCUUGUAAUAUUGCGCUGCUGGGUUGUAGGAAUUUGAAGAAGUUGGAGCUGGAUCGAUUUCGUUUGAUGGACUGUGACAUUUUCUUUUUACUGGAUCGCUUUCCUGUCCUUGAAAAGUUAAUAUUUCGUGAUUGUCAUAAUCUGGAGUUUGUUAAGAUUUCAAGUAAACACUUGGUAGAUCUGGAUCUUUGUGGUUGUAGGAAGUUGGAAAAGGCUGAAAUCAAUACUCCUAAUCUACAAUCUUUCAGCUUCUACGUUGAGACUGGCCAAGAUAUCAUAUCACUUGUGUCAAAAGGUCAUACUCUCAAGUUGAAGUAUGCACAUAUUCACCUAAUAGGAGGCGCCUUCACUGAUCAGUGGUAUGUUAGGCUUAUUAAGCUCUUUGCAGUGCUUAGUCACAGUGAUCGUUUCUACAUUUAUGUUCGCUCUAAAGAGGAUAUAAUAAUUCCAGAAGAAGUGAGGAUGAUAUAUCCCCCACCCCUGUAUGGUGUUAAGCAUUUGCUGAUAGAUGUUCCUGCAGAAAACACUCCUGUUGAAUUACUUGAAUCUCUCCUGUGGCUUGCUCCCUGUCCAGAGUCUAUAAAUAUACACCACCCAUUCACCUGGCCUUCAUUUUGCAAAGUGUUCAAGUUUACAUAUGAGAUGCCACUGAAAAGGAAGGAAAAUUGUGGGUGCUGGAAAUCACUGCAUGUGAAUUGUUGGCGCCACUCCCUCAACAAAGUAUUACUUGAGAGCCAAAAAAGAGAUGCAGACAAUAUAUGGCGUGAGAAUAAAAGUGAUAACACAGCACUAGCGCAUUUCUUUUGUAACGCAAGGAUUGAUGGGAAAACCGUAUCUUUUGUGGAAGAAUAAUACAAGGACUAGAAAUCGAAACUUGACGGACUGGCCUUAUUCAAGUUGUCUUCUAUCCAUGCUUGAUUAGGGAUGUUUGUAUUUCUGCCUGCGAACUUGUUACAAGUUGGUCAUCUCCACCCGAAAGCGUGGCUCUCCUGUCAACUGAAUAGAUUCAGAAGAUCUCUCUUUUACAAGUGUGGCUUCAGAAAAAGUAAUACAACUAUCUUGAGAUUCAGGCAUCUCUACUAAGUGAGCAAUUAUGAUAUAUGGGUAUAGUAACGCAUUACAGUAAGUUUUUCCCAAUACUUUGUUGAAGAUCCCAAGUCAGCAGCUCAUACCAAGAGCAAUCACCUUGACUCUUGAGGCUUGAGUCCUCAAUAAUUGGGGUAUAAUCCAAGUAUAUUUUGGUUUGCUGAAAAAAAGUGGACGUUACUUGUUUUAGUAGUUAUACUUGAGUUGUUCUUUUGGGUCUAGUCUAUUAAGUGUCUUCUAGUUUGUCCAUAUCUUUGUCCAUUCCUAGGUUCUAGUAGUUUUGAUCAGAAUUUGGUUGUGUUGCUCUGUUUGUAGCUUGAUCAAGUUCAAUAGUAAAAAGAAAUUCAGUCAUUUUU